GGGGGCUGACAUUAAGCUGAUAAGCCACCGAAAUGGAAACUUUAGUAAUUAAGUAGUCCAGUACUCCAGUCUCCAGUAAAUAGUAGUUAGUUUCCUUGUCUAUGCAGUUGUCCUGUCAAAGACCAAAGUAUAAAGCUGCAGUGUACUAUUGCGAUCCACGACUGUCCAGUGUCCAACCCAACGAGAUAGGGGUACCUAUUCAGCGACCAGCUAUCCACACGAUUUAAGACAGUAGUACACUAGUACAGUAACUGAUAGACUUAAAUCAGCGUGCCAUCGAACCGUCGUACCGUAGACUAUAGAUCAUUAUUAAUGAUUCAUUAAGUGCACCUAUAAUUAUUAGCGUGUACAAUUUUAUUUGAAUUUUAAGAAAACGAAAUACUCAGUUUUCAAAAUGAGCAGUAAGGUGGUAAACGAGAGUAGCAUGUUCUACAUUGACUUCUGUCCAAAUUGCUCAAACAUUCUUCACUUGGACGAGUAUUUGGGAGAGAUGAGACAGAAAUGUCAAGUGUGUCCGUACUUCUCAACAAUCAAAAACGUCAUGCUUGCCUCCCGAUCGUUUUACAAACUAAAAGAAAUAGAUUCAGUUCUGGGAGGAAAAAAUGCCUGGGAAAAUGUGGAUUCAAUUGAUGUAGUUUGUAAUUCAUGCAAUCAUGGCAGAGCAUACUUUUUACAAGUUCAAACUAGAUCAGCAGAUGAACCUAUGACUGUUUUCUAUAAAUGCUGUAACUGUGGACAUAGAUGGCGAGAAUAAAUUGUUGACAAAAAAAAAUAUUGUAAUGCAUUUUUUGAUUAUUAAGCAUCAUAAAAAAUACCUAAUUAUUAUCAAUAAUAUACUAAAAUAAGUAACACAUGAUUUGUAGUUUUAAAA